AUGGCGAUGGCGAGAUCUCGGUCGAGAUACACGACGCCAGAGGCCCUGGGUUUGCAUGAGACCGUAUCUCCCGACCGCUGGUGCGUCACCCGGUCAGAUCUUAUCUAUUUGCGGGACGAGCUUUGGCGCGCCAUCCAGUGUGGGGAGAUUCGUCCAUGCGACGACAGUGAUCCUUUUGAGUCGUCCGACGAUCAGUAUGGGCCAAACAUCCACACGGUGAACAGGCAGUACAUCAUGCCUGUUACGGAAGAAGCCGGCAAGGUGAGCUGGGCACUGAUGAGGCAUCCGGAUGGCUUGGACUGCGACUUGUUCAUCAGCCAUGCCUGGCAAGAGGGUGUGUUCGAGUUCCUGUCCAAGGUCUUGCAUUCCUGGCCCGCAGGUUCACGACACGUCUGGUGUUGCAUGCUGGCCAACCCGCAGAAUUUGGACAUUUCAUCCUACUUGCAAUCUCCCAGCAGCUCGCCCUUCGCACGAGCGCUCAAGGCAUCUACUUGCGUCCUUGUGGUGCCCAACCGCCACUGCAGCAUCUACACCAGGCUCUGGUGCGGCUACGAAGCCUACCGCGCCCACGAGGAGGAGAAGACCAUCUUCAUCGCCCGAGCUUCGAACAACAAACAGCUGCGCCUUGCCAUCUUCUGGGGCAUCCUCUCAGGACUCCUGGGCAUGAUAUGUGGCUUUUGUUCGCGACAGAUCAAUCUCCAGCCGAUUCCCUUGUACGUCGUAGUGGCCACCGCAUGUAUCAGCGCCAACAUCAACCACGAUAGCUGUCGCAGGAUUUUGAACAGGAUCGGCGCUUUGGCCGUUGGCAUCCUUUUCAUGGAUUGGCAAACGGUAGAAUUCGAUCCCGAUGAUGACGGUGUUCCGGCGGUGCCUCCUUUCGUUGCGUUUGUGGAGCAGCGGUUGCUUCUCUUUGCUGGUUUGACUUUCUUUCUGCUGUUGGAGGUGGACCGCGUCAACGGUGUUGCCAAAAUGGAGGAAGCCAAGCAUCUCAGUUCUGGGUUCUUGGGAAGUAUAGUGCAGGCAACAUGUUCCAAGCAAGCUGACGCAGAACGCAUUUUCGCAGAGAUUGGCCAGAAAACCGCUGAUGUGGACUAUGCUAUCCAUGUGCUUCUAGCCGCAGGCAUGUCAUCGCCAAGACUUCGGGAGAUUGCACGUCGAGGGGUUGACAUUCGAGGCGCGGGGCAUGCAGAGAUUGCUCUUCCUUUCGUUGCGCUCGUGCCGCUCACCUGCGUGGCCUUAUGGUCUAUGUACUGUUGCCUCUUCUACCUCCGCCACAAUAUUGUCCUACGUUUCGUCCCCAUCCAGCUCAUCCACGGCAUCACCGUUGCGGAUCGCCUUGGCCUGUUUACGACUCCAGAGGCUUUGGCUUUGCACGAGAGCGUAUCUCCCGACCGCUGGUGUGUCACCCGGUCAGAUCUUACCUUUUUGUGGCAGGAGCUUUGGUGCGCCGUCCAAUGUGGGGAGAUUCGUGCUGUUGAUGACAGUGAUCCUUUUGAGUCGUCCGACGAUCAGUAUGGGCCAAACAUCCACACGGUGAACAGGCAGUACAUCAUGCCUGUGACGGAAGAAGCCGGCAAGGUCAGCUGGGCACUGAUGCGGCAUCCGGAUGGCUUGGACUGCGACUUGUUCAUCAGCCAUGCCUGGCAAGAGGGUGUGUUCGAGUUCCUGUCCAAGGUCUUGCAUUCCUGGCCCGCAGGUUCACGACACGUCUGGUGUUGCAUGCUGGCCAACCCGCAGAAUUUGGACAUUUCAUCGUUUUUGGAAUCUCCCAGCAGAUCGCCCUUCGCACGAGCUCUCCAAGCCUCUACAUCCGUCCUUGUGGUGCCCAACCGCCACUGCAGCAUCUACACCAGGCUCUGGUGCGGCUACGAAGCCUACUGCGCCCACGAGGAAGGAAAGACCAUCUUCAUUGCCAGAGCUUCGAACAGCAAGCAGCUGCGCGGUGCCAUCAUCUGGGCGAGCCUCUCAGGACUCCUGGGUGUGAUAUGUGGCCUUUGUUCGCGACACAUCAAGAUGCAGUCGAUUCCCCUGUACGUCGUAGUGGUCGCCGCAGGUAUCAGCGCCAACAUCAACCAAUGUAGCUGUCGCAAGCUCUUGAACAGGAUCGGCGCCUUGGCCGUUGGCGUCCUUUUCGUGCAUUGGCGCACAGCUGUUGAGGAGAUGCCUGCUUUCACGGCCAUGGUCGAGCAGCACUUGCUUCUUAUCGCUGGUUGGACUCUCUUCUUGCUGUUGGAAGUGGACCGCGUCAACGGCCAAACCAGAAUGGAGGAAGCCAAAUAUCUCAGUUGUGGGUUUUCGGGCAGCAUAGUGCGGGCAACAUGUUCCAAGCAAGCUGAUGCAGCACGGAUUUUCGAAGAGAUUGGCGAGAAAAUCGUUGACGUCGACUUUGCUAUCCAUGUGCUUCUAGCUGCAGGGAUGUCAUCGUCGACACUUCGAGACAUUGCACAUCGAGGUAUUGAGAUUCAAGGUGCGGGUCACGCCGAGAUCGCUUUUCCUUUCGUUGCGCUGGUGCCGCUCACCUGUGAAACCUUGUGGUCUAUUUAUUCUCAAUUCGUCUACGGUCGCAACGGUAUUGACCUGGUAUUUGUGCCCCUGUGGCUCAUGCUCAGCAUCACCGUUGCGGCUCGUCUUGCCCUACUGCUCCUUUUAUGGCGUUCGCCUCGUGAUGAAAGAUGCUUCAUCUUGAAAAUGAUUUCGAAGACUGUGGCUGUCUACCUGGUCACCGGUUGUCCUCUUCUUGCAGUUUGGGAGACUCAACGGAGCAAAGUUGCAAG